AUGGCUCCCAAGAUUGCUAUCGUCUACUACUCGAUGUACGGCCACAUCCAGAAGUUGGCCGAGGCCGAGAAGAAGGGCAUUGAGGCCGCCGGUGGCGAGGCCACCAUCCACCAGAUUGCUGAGACUCUCUCUGAGGAAGUUCUGGCCAAGAUGCACGCCCCACCAAAGUCCAGCUACCCCAUUAUUGAGCCCACCGACCUUCUGAACUACGAUGCCGUCCUGUUCGGUAUCCCCACCCGCUACGGUAACUUCCCCGCCCAGUGGAAGACCUUCUGGGACAAGACCGGCUCCAUCUGGGCCUCCGGUGGCUACUGGGGCAAGUAUGCCGGUGUCUUCGUUUCCACCGGUACCCUCGGCGGUGGCCAGGAGUCGACCGUCAUCGCCUCCAUGAGCACUCUCGCUCACCACGGCUUCAUCUACGUGCCUCUGGGCUACAAGACCACCUUCCCCCUUCUGGCCAAUCUCGAGGAGAUCCACGGUGGUAGCGCCUGGGGUGCUGGUACCUUCGCUGGUGCCGACGGUUCCCGUCAGCCCACUGCUCUCGAGCUCGAGAUUGCUGAGGCUCAGGGUAAGGCUUUCUACGAGACGGUUGCCAAGGUCAACCACCAUGCCGAGCCGAAGCCCGAGAACUCGGCCUCUACUGCAGGUGCGGCUGCCAGGACGACUGAGCAGCCCUCUCAGCAGCAGGAGGGCAACCAGGAAGUAGCAAAGAAGAAGGACAAUGAAGAAGGGCCAUGCGGCUUGCCCAAGAAGUGUAACAUUCUUUGA